CAAGGGCGUAUCGGAUUUGUUGUGAUUUGGAGAUGUCAGCUGUCGGUGAAUGAGUGUGCUGCAUUAUGUCCGUGAGAAAGAUGCGGAGUAUAUACAAAGAAGUUGUUGGUACGCUGACCCCAAAAUAUAUCAUUGAAAACAAUACUGAUUUACCACCAUUAACAAGGUAUUCUGUCCUGAUAGAAGUUAAGGCAUGCUCACUUUCAGAGGUUGAUAUUAAGUUGAUGCAGCUAGUAAGCAGGGACUCAUCACCGACUCAUUACAGUGUUGGGAAAGAUAUUUCUGGUAUAAUACGGGAAGUUGGAAAUGCUGUCACUACACUGAAACCUGGUGAUGAAGUUGUAGGUAUUAUUCCACUAGAUUAUGGCUUUUCUGGUUGCGCAGAAUAUGUCGUUCUUCAUGAAUUUGAUGUCACCAAGAAACCAGAACAAGUCAGCUUUGUAGAUGCAGCAGCUUGCAUCGGUGAUGCUGUAAGAUCUUACACAGCCCUUCAUUAUUUGGGGCGUCUUAGCCAUGGGGACACAGUACUUAUAAUGGAUGGUGCUUCAGCAUUUGGGAGUCUCUGUAUUCAGUUAGCUCAUCAUUGGGGAGCAAAGGUUAUAACUACUGUAAGCUCUGAAGAUGAAAAACUGUACUUGGAAGGCUUGGAUGAUCAGCUGGCUCUGAUUAUUGACCUCAGAAAAAAAUCCCUAACUCCUUUUACCUCAAAUUUUAGGAAUGGAAAUAGUGAAAUGAUUUGGUCUGCAUGUAUGGAAGAAUCAGGAGGACUUGGUGUUGAUUUGAUUAUCGACAAUGGUGUCACCCUUUUUUCUGAUAAUGAAUACAGAAUACUCACCAAUGAUAAUUACACCUAUCCAGUUCCAAGUAAACAUGAAAUAAUAUCUGCUCUUGCUGUUGGUGGUAGAUGGAUCACUUCAAAAGAAAAUCUGCAGCUGGAUCCACCAAAUUCAAGACUUUUGUUUCUAAAGUGUGCCAGUCUUGGUUUCUUGUUUGAACAUGCUUGGACUCUGUCAUCAACACAACAAGGACAAUAUCUACAUAUUUUGAUGGAUAUUAUGGAAAAAGUUGCUGAUGGUGUAAUCAGGCCAAAUGUCUACCAUACCGUGUCAUUUGAUUCUGUGCCAGAAACCAUGAAAAAGCUUCCAAAUGUCCGUGUUGGUAAAAUUGUUAUGAAGAUGGAUUGAAGUUGAAGAAAAUUUGAUGAACCUAUAGCUAAAUUUUAUUUUCCUUUUUUUGUAGAAGAUAUAUAUGUGAAGCAGUCAUUUUAUGUUGAUUUCUUGUGAUCGAUUUUCUUCUAGUUAGUGCAACUUCAGUGUUGAAUGUAAGAUUUUCUUUUGGAAUUACAUGUCAAGUAAAUGUAAUACAGUGAGUAAUUUUUUGGACAAAUUGAGCUGGGUAUAUGAAUAUUAUUUUGAUAGUAAAACAUUUGAAGAUUUUCAUAAGAACUGACAUUAAAAAAUUAAGCAAGUUUAUAUGAAAGUAAGAAAAUACCUCUUUAAGUUAUCAUUAUUUUUUAGUUUAGCUGCAUGUCUUGCAAAUUAGUUUCUGUAAUUGCUGAGUAAACUAUCCUAACAUGAACGAGAUUUAUCAUUAAUAUAAAUAUUUACUGUUCCAAAAAUAUUCGUCUUGAGAAAAUUAAUUUUAUUGCCCAGUUAUUCUAAUAGAAAUUUUCCCAUACUUCAGAAUAAUAUGAAUUUCAAUUUGCAUAGUCAAUAUAAGAAUAGUGCAUUGCAGUUAAUAUCUUUAUUCAAAUAUUUUCAUCGUAUUGUUAUAGUAUCUGGAUUAGACAAUGUUUAAUAAGACUGAAACUAUUUAGACUUAAAGGAUUUAGGAGAGUAUAUUUGCAUUAGCAGCAAAUAAAUUUUGGUAUGUGAAUAAAAUAUGUGGAACUUUUUUUAGUUUUAUGUUUAUAAUUAAGAAUGUUGUUGAGUUUAAUUUCAAAUAAUACUUUAAAAGUUAUGUCAUGGUCUGCGGUUUCCAAAUUUAACCAUUUCUUCUCAAUUUUUUUUUUUUUUUUUUCACAAAUUUAGUCUACGAAACUCUGUAUAAGAGGGUACAAAUUUAAGCAUUUGCAUUAGUCUACAUGUAUAUUGAGAAAGAAUCUUCAGUUUUUUUUUUUUUUUUUUUUUUUUGUUUUUAGAGUUUAUUGCAAAAGUAAAUGUGCAAAAACUAAGCAGUUUAAUAUGUGCAAAUAUUUAAAGAAAUCGUAUAAAGCAGAAAUCUCAUUUGAAUAAAAUUAAUUUUAUAGUUACGUAAAGAGGUAGAUUAAAUCAUGAUGUGCCAAACUGCAUUACCUGAAAUAAAUGACUUACUGACAACUUCAAAAAUAAUAUAGCAAAAAUUCCUUUACAUUACUAAUUUUCAUAAUUAAAAUUUUUACGCAAAUUACAUAAUAAGCUGCUAUAAUAAUUUUGUAUCAAUUUUUCCAGCUAUUGUUCAUUAAUAACAUUGUAAUAUUCAAACAAAUCCAUAUGCUUAAUAUAAACAAUUAGUAAUUUAUUAGCCAAGCAAAUGCUUAACUGGUAUUUUUAUAAAAAUUUUGGAAUUAAAAUUUCAUGUGCUUUAAAAUGUUUAAAAUUAGAAAAAAUCAUAUCUGUAUGUAUUCAAAUAACAAGUAUCCUAUCUAAAUUGAAUGUGCAUAAUUGCAUAGAAAAUCUACAUUUAAAUUUUCUGCAGAAGAGUAUAACACAAAUCUGUUAAUACCAGAAAUAUAUGUUAUUUUCAUACCAACUUCAAAUUUCUGCGUAUGAGUAAUUUUUCUUUAUGAAGUAUUAAAAGGGUAUGACUUGUUAUGUUGCCAUCAUACAAAAUUGAGUCUUUCCUUGUUAGUCAAUUAUGAUUCUUUUAAUACUAAUUGUCAACAAGUCAGUUAUGAGUUUUUUGACACUGUCACAUUAAAAAAAUCAGUUAAGUCAUUGAAUAUUUUCUUACAAGUGUACUGCAUGAUGGCAUAAUACUUUUGAAAACACAUUUAAUCAAACUCUUUUCUAAGUCUGAUGAAUUAAUGUAUUAAAAUUAACUUAAAAAUAUAAAAUAUAAGAUCAGUUUUAUAUUAAAAGAAUGAGAUCAAAUUGAUAUAAGUGUUAUUGGAAAAUUUAAUGUGCGAUCAGUAAAUUGUAUAUUGUAUAAAAUCUACUGUUAAAGGGAAUUUUCUGUUGAUUUAUUUGAAACAUGUCAAUUGAUAAAAAUUCCAUAUUUCUUUCAAUGUCACAUCACUGUCUAAUCUUUUAUAAAUAGUAUGAAAAACGUAAUUUAAUUAAAAUUUUAGGAGGUACAAUAAUUUCAUAUUCUUAGUAGGACUUAUUAGUAACAACUAAGAAAAUAAAUCAUAAUACCAUUUCCAUAUGUAAUGAAAAAAGUUCCUACUCUUAUUUGCGAAUGUAUAAAUAAACAUGUAUUCCUUGUCUGUCUGCAAAAAUAUAAUUCAUAAAAACUUUUGCUUUCAAAUUAUGCACCUGCAAAAAAUAUUUUCUUUCUAUAAAUAGAGAGGUUUCUGCUGUCUUUGUCCAAUAUGAGUUAUUUAUUAAAUGAUUUCUUUCAUUGAAUUCCAUAAAAUUUUGGGGGCUAUUAUUUUCCUUGUUCAUUUAAUUCGUUCUUUUUUUCUAAUUGCUGCAUAAUAGUAUCAUAUAGUGCAUGUAUUUAAGUAGCUGCAUUAUAGGAGAAAGUUGGGAAAAAAGAUCGGUAUAAACUAAGAAUGAUUGCUAUCUCUAUUUUUUCUUUUAAGAAAACAGUUAUUUUUAGUAUUCUAGUCAUUUAUAAAUAAAUCUUAAUUCUAUAGUUUAUUUUACCUUUUGUAUAAUACCUUGUGUAUUUAAAAUGAACUGAUGGUUAUAAAUGCUUUUUGCAUCUUAUAAUACAAGUAAAAAGUUCUCAUAUGGAAUAAAAAGGGGAUGUCCUUCUGUGUUACUUAUUUAUUAAUUUAAUAUUAUUUAUCAAUUACUAUUUAGCAAGCUUUUCUUAUCUGAGUAUUGUUUUCAUAAAACCAUUCCAUAUUUUUUUAAAUGGUGCAUUUUAUUUUCUAACAUUUUGCAGUUCUGUAAUGUUUUUGCUUGCUAUUUUUAACAUAUAAUCUUUUUUAUAUAUGUAUAAGAAAUGUGUAAAAAGUUUUGUGAAACCUUGGAAGCAAGUGUUUAAAAAUGCCUGUUUUACUUGCUGGACAUUUUAAGAUGUGCGAUAUAGCCUGUGUUAUUUAUUGAUAAUGUGGUAUUUCAUGUGAUGUGUAUGUUAUCAUAAUCAUCUGCACAAUUGUUGAUAAUGGAUAUAAUUAUAUAUGUUACAUUUGUAUGCAAUAUUUAAGCUUGUUUAUUGUUGUAAAUUGUAAAUCUUUUGCAUUGUACCAAGGAAUGGCAAUUUUGAAGUUAUAUAAUUAAUAAUCUGUAAUAUAAAGUUUAAAGUGCAUAUAAUAAAUUUUUAAUGUGGCUACAGAUCAUGAAAAUUGUCAUGUAACUUAAAUUUGUAUCUCUAUUGGUAAUUUGAAUUUUGAAAGUAGAAUCUUUAUCCUUAUUAGUUACAAAUUUAUUAUUUAAUUAUGGCCAGUCAGUUGAGAAUUUCAUCAGAUUUAGGGGAGGAAUAAACAGCUUGUAGCAACUCCCUCUACAUAUAAUAUUAUCUUUGUUGUUGCAAAGUUUAGUUUCUGUAGAUUGGCAACAAGAAAAACAUAAAUAAAAAGAAAUUCACUUUGAUGUUGGAACCUUAACGUCUUCUUUUAUUAUUGUGAAUUAAAUUAUGCUUAAUCCAUUCUGGAAUUAUCAUUUAAGUUAUUAAAUUACCUCUUGUAAUGACUGAGCAUAGCAUCCACAACAAUAUCUCUGCCUAAAAGGAGGGAUGCCUUCAUGAAGGACUUUUUAAGUGAAAUUGGCUCAUAUACACAUUACGCAUGGGGAAAACCAUGGAAAUACCCAUGGAGCCUUCCCGUUUUCCAGGAUUUAAACCCCAGAUCGAAAUACUAGUGUUCAGUGUUCAGUGACUUUACUGCUGGGCCACUUAUAGGCGCUUCUAGAGGAAAGGGACAUUAAUUAAUUAUGUUAUGCAUGCUUAGCUGUGGAAAAGUGCAUCAGCAGUAAUAAUCUUUGCUGAUGACAUAUUUGCUUUGUCAGCUGGAGUCUGAAUGGAUGGUGAUCUCAUAUUCACCUCCUUUUAAGUGUUAGGGUUCCUGCAUUUUUUGCGUUCAAGUUUUUUUUUUUUUUUUUACAUGGGGUAAAAAUUGAUAUAUAGGAAUAUUUGUUUAAUUUUAUUAUGAUAUACACUUGUAUCAAUUUAAAAUUCUUUUAAUUUUAUUUAUUUAUUUAUUUAUUUUUUUAUUUAAUAUCUACUAAAAUAUUGAAAGAGAUAUUGAAUGUGCUUUGCUGUAAAGGAAGUUGUGUGUUUCGUCAUAUAUGAAAUCUAUCUUUAACAUUAAAAUAAGGUAAAAUGAGUGAUUCUCCUAUAGUAGAUCUAGGUUGAUGUAUUUCUAAACAUAUGUGCUUAUGGGAAGAGGCAAGUAAAGAACAUUGUUAUUUUAGAUUGUACAAAUUUGUUGCAUGUAUAUCCUUAUUCUUUACACAGCUUCACCAUGACUGUAUGUUUUUCAUUUCAGGUAAAAAUGUUAAAUUUAACACCUAUACCUUCAAACAAAUAAUCAAAAAUUAUAUUUUAAUAUCUUAAACAUUAUAUAGAAAUAUUUUUUUAUUGAAAAAUACGGUCAAUGGCUCUAUGUUGCUAAAUUUGCUUAUUCCUUGGUACUACUGUCUUUAUGUUGCCAUGUGGCAUGUCUAACAUGUCUGAACACUAAUCUGAAGCCCACUCAGUGUAAUCAUUGGUGCCGCUUGCAUCUGUGGUAUUUGAUUGAUAAUGCUGUGAGUAGGAGCAACAGAAUAUGUUGUAUUAAAAAUGAUUUUAUUUA